UGCUCUUCCUAAAGGCUAUCGGGUGGAUAUCAAGCUGCAGAUACCUGCUCAGCCACAGCCUUCCGUCAUGGAAAGGAGGCUUGUGAAGCAGGAGGUGAAAAGGCUGCUGGGAGAGUAUAUCGGAAUCAGACUUCGGGAAAAUGAAUUUGAUCCUAAAGGAAGAGGCCAACUCACCUUUCUAGAUGAUAUGGCCCACUAUGACUUGGCCAUCAGUGUUGCCAGUCAAUGGCUAGAUCGCUCAGAAAACUUAACUUGGCUCCAGUGGGAGAAAGUGAGAGCACCACUUCACGUCAGACCUGUGUAUCCAAACCGAAAAGAGCGAGAAGCAAUGAUCUUAUCAUCAUACGCUGGAGUCUUGAUGAACAGUAUUCCAAUUGAAGAAGUCCUUAAAAUUUAUGGGGCCAAUUCUUCUGCCAGUCCUGAUUCUACCAAGGUCUCCCAGGCCCUGCUGCCCCGCCGCUCCUUGCAUCCUUUUGCCAUGUUGACCGCACCCAGAGCAGCAGAGUGCAACCGGAGACAGAGUGUCAAGCUGAGGAGAGGAGCAACGAAUAAAAAAGCCACCAGCAGCUCUACAAAGAAAGCAACAGGGCAGAAUGGAGAUCUUGCCGGGAAAGGCGCUCAUGCCCACACCCCAGCAACAAACAUCUCUCCAACUCCUGUCCUUUCAUCUGCCCAGCCCUUCCACUCCUCAACUGUUAUGUGGAGGAAUUUAGAAUCAGCUCAGAGGCAGAUGGGACUGGAGGGAAAGUAGAAGGAUCGUGUGGCCUUUGCUGUCCUCAUGUUUACUACAGCUCUGAGGUCCCAUGACAUGUACAAGGUGAAAAUAAACUAAAGUCAGAGAGACCAAGUUGGUUAACUAAAUAGAAACUGAGAUUGGAGAGAUCUGGAGGUGAAGCUGGGAGUCUGGGGUGGUUUGGGGAUCUGAGAUCCGCAGAAUGGGAGACUGCAAAGGAGCUGGGGAGUCAAGGGGCAGGGAAUGGAAGAGUUUGGAACUGAGCGACAAGUCUGUGUUUGUGGUUGGAGCCUAAAAUGAAAUUUCCAUUCACUCAGUUACUGUGCCAUGCAUGUUUUCAAUGUGCAUCUUUAAAUCAACUGAACUAUACGGUGCUUGAGAUGUGUUUCGUCUUCAGAAACAAAUGGGAUGAUUUGUUAGACAUAUAACCAACACCACACAUACACAUAUACACACAUACAUACAUACAUACACAUAAUACUACAUGCACACACAUACACACAUACUCCAUACACACACACACACUUUUAGAAAUAGAAAAGACAAACAACCUCCUCACUGGGGCUGCUUAGGGACUUUCUGGAUUGUCUGGUUACAUCAAACCUUGACACUAUUCUAAAGACGGAAAGCCUAGGAAGCAGCCACCUAUUGGGUUUUCUUUUGAAGACGCUUGCUCCAAUGAGAUUUCAGGGCAUAGACUUUCUCAAGCUACGUCAUUGCUUCUGAACAACUGGAUAGAGUACAGCUUUCAAAAGAAUCUGGAAACAGCAGGCCUUGGAAAGCAAAAUAAAACAACCACCACAAACCAGUAAGACUCCUAGACACAGGUCAUGUGAACACCUGUGAGUGUGCACACACACCACACACAGACACACCCUGAUCAUCUGGACAAAAUGUCAUCUCACAAAGACUCAUCUUAAGAACUGGUUUAUAAACCCACUGAGGCUCAUGCAUAGCCCUGUGUAAUGAAAAUGUAGUUGUAAAUAUUUGAGGUUUAGACAUCAUUUGGGUGUUAUGUUUUUUAAAUAUAAUUUAACCCCAUGCAUUUUCUUUCACAAUCACCAGUGGCUGUUGCUGCCUGGCAACAGCAGAACUUUCACUUCCUGCUUAUUUCACGAGUGUGUGUGUGUGUGUGUGUGUGUGUAUGUGUGUAUGUGUGUGUGUGUGUGUAUGUGUGUGUGCGUGUAUGUGUGUGUGUGUGCGCGCGCGCGAGGUUUGCACACCAUGGGGACUUGUACCUACUGUUGGUAACUGAAUAGUAGCAAAUGGCUCUGGGGGCCUUAGUCUGACCAGCAGACCUUUUUCUAAGCACUACCCAGUUCUCCUGUACUCUAUCUGAGACUCAAGCCCAUUUUUAAAUAAUCCCCUUCCAACAAGAUGUCCUCCUGAAAACAGAAAGUCGGUUGGUGCUUUCUUUUUCAUGCAUAUUAUCUGUAUAAUUUAGGCAUUUUUGCAACUCCUGGGUAUUUUUUUAAAAACCACUUCAUAAAAUAUAAU